CUCACAAAAUCGGAAAAAAUCAUCGCUCUUCAAGUUCUGCGAUUUCCUUCGUCGAGGCAUUGACUACUUGUUGCUACUCCGCAUCCGGCUUCUUUCGCCAUUGCUUCCUUUUUGAUACCACUAUCUUGACAGCAUUGUUCUUAAUUUAAUCUUCAGCUGAUGCAACCCUUAUCUGAUCCCCAAUGAACUAGAAGGCGUCACAUAGAAGAACAAAGCAUUUUUGUGUCAUUGUUUUCGUGUAGCCUCCCACGAUUACCACGAAAACAGUCAGACGACCAUGAACUGCUGCUCGAAGCAUCCAUUUGCAGACGGACCAGCAACCAGUAGUCCCUCGCAUCACCUUGGGAAGAGUACGAGCAGCAUGGCAGUGAGUACCAAGUUCGAUAUUGAGUUUGACGACUACUCGUUUGGUAAGUCACAACACAACAUUCGAAGCUUUGUCGUCAGCAGUGAAGACGAUCGUCAAGAACUCGAGAUUCUGGAUGCACUAAGCAUUGUCCUGACCAAUCAAUCAUUGAGAGAAGCCCGGGGAAGAGAACAAUCUCAGCAAAUGCAACGGGAUCAAGAAGAACAAGACCUCGAACAAGAACUGGUGCAACAAGAACGCCUCAUGCAACAGCAGCAACGACAACAGCAGCAAUAUCAACAUCCACAACAGCAAAAGCAGCAACCACAAGUAAACUUGACAGCUUGUGGUAAGGCCGCUGCCAACAAAUUUCAUGUUAUUUGCACGGCCGACACGGCUCACGAUGACUCCAACACGAUCGAUUACUCGUCCAAUCGCAAGACGUCCGACGACGACACGUUCAAAUCCUCUGGAGCAACCACAGUCAGUGGUGUUGGUAUUGACAUUCGUGAACCCGCCGCACCAAGACAUGGAGCCAGGAUUUGCAUGAGCCCCGCAGAUAGCUCAAAGGAGGAUUUCGAAAUGGAGCUAGACCACUCGAUUGCGGCGGCGGCAGCGGCAGUGACCCCGGCUUGUGCAGCUCUUAGCAACUUGGGCUUGUCCUUAGAUGAUAAUGACAACAGCAAGAGCAGCAAGGCCAAUAGUAAUGGGAGCAGGGGUAGCAAGGAUGACGAGGUCUGGCAAUUUCAUACGGCCACAACCAAUUCCAUGACUGAGGAGGUUUCCGGUCAAUCGCUCAAGGUGACUCAGACACAGCUCCGAAUUACACCGGAGCAAUGGAAAAUGGCACAGCGGGAGCUAGAAGACAAUCGCAACGAACUCGACACGAUUCGACAAAAGGCCAAGCUUGUAAAACGGCAGCUCAAGAACUUCCAGAAGGAAUGGGAAAGCCAACAAAAUCUGAUGCGAAACAAGGACAAAGAACUAGAACGCCUUCGGUUGAUCAUUGCGGAACGAACUCUCCAGUUGACUGAAAAGACGGGAGAGCUCAGUAUUACCAAGGUGGCUUUGGUCGCGGCGGAAAACGGAUUCACUUCCUGCAAGAAACAAGUGCGUAGCCGAAAGCAAGAUUUGGAAAAGGUUCAGUCGGCCAACGAAGAACUGAAACGUCUCCUGUCGGACUCUCGAGCUGAACUUAGUCGGACAAAGCUACAGUUGGAGGCAUCAGCACAGCGCCGGAAACACUUUAGCAACCAAGCUCUCAGAAUCUUGGCGGGGGAGGUUGACAGAAUUGAUCCCAACUGCACUAGCAAUACUAGCGGCGACGACUUCGACAUGUCUAGCAAGAGAACUCCCACAGCAUCCAAUUCUAUGAGCCCACGUCUUCGACCUCUGAGAGCCAAAUCAUGGUCCUUCACUGGUAGUAGUUCAGCUUCUCUCGAAGCCAUGGAUGAGAACAACGGCGGCAACACAAAGUUUUUCGAAGUUAAUGGCUUUCCUAGUUUCGGCAGUGCUCUUCCAAGCAGCAGUACAUGUAGCGUCCUUGGUGUCUCGAUCCCGUCCCAGGGGAUGGAGUCAUCUGGCGAACCGGCAACACCAGUCCAAAGCAACCAUACCCACCAUAAUGGCAGUCCCACUGGUGAUUCUCAAUCUACUGCGUCAAGAGGAAGUUCCAAACGAGACCACGCGAUUUCAAGGCCGACUCGAUCACGAAGCAAGAGCCGUGAUGCACGACGAGACACUUCCCUGCUAGAUGAAGCCAAGGAUGACGAACGAUUCGAGAUGACCAAGGCUGAUUUACACCAUUCGUCGCCAACCUUUGAUACUGCCAUUGAAUGUGUAAGCGGAGGAGGGAGGGAUCCGGCGGGUACGACGCCGAAAAGGACUUUUCCCAACGGUGUUGAUGAUUCGUGCCACAAGAUUCGAACCACACAGUCAGAAGAAACCACCACGGAAGACGAAACCACAACUAGUAGUUCUGGUGAAGACUCUAUUGUUUCCUAUGCAGAGUUCGAUUCUGUUUCAACUGGAAGCUUCCCUGUGACGGCAACCAUCAUGUCAAUUAUGUCUUUUGUUGGCUGGUUCCAUGUCUGGGCCAUGGCAGAAGAACUGGGAAUCACGUACCUCAAAGGUCAAGUGUGCCUUGCCGACUCUCGUACCAUUCUAUCGAGUGUGAGCAUUGUGUCAUUGCUGGCCUUCAUGUCCAUGUGGACGAUAGUUGAAGUAUCUUGGACCACAGCGUACAACAUGUUGUGUUGCAAAAGAAGGAGUCGUCACUGAGGAACAGCCAGUCAUUGUACAGAACAGUACGUCGUCGGGCACGUGCGAUUGGGAACGAACUCUGCGAGGCAGGCAGUGGGAUAAAUAAAUCCGGCCCGAGAGCUUGUCCUUACUCUUUGCGCGGCGGGGUGUGAGGAAGAUUUAGGACCGAAACUUUACGAUGAAAGGGUACAAAGGAGCGUACGUGUGCUAGCGUUCGUUUCCAGAGAGAUCAUGUGGAUUGUGUUAGAAUGAGAAAAAGCUGAUGAAUGUUACCAUAAAUCGUUCGCGAGUCGAGACGAGUCGAGUGAUGAUGUUUACAAUAAUAUUUACUUACGGUGGGGUUUUCUAGAAAGGACCGGGCAAACGAACUAAAAGUCAUAAGAUUCUUUCCAGGCAGGCAACAAGAGCUGAGCCAUCCAACUAAAAGAACUAAUUUUGACGCUGACCACACUCAGCCAUCUAUCCACCGGUAUAUUUACCAGUAGCUAGCCAGUGACGGCAACAACAACAUCAUAUCAAUAUGAAUGGAGUUCAAAAGGGCCCUGAUGUACCGUAGUCUGGAUGGAGCAAUGCUUGCCAAUACGCAACCCUUCCAUGGACCCGUCUAUUCAAUUGUACCCAGCCUCCAGAUAGCCAACCAACAUGGCGGCCCCAUCACCAGCCAGUCCCUCCCUGUGCACCCCAUGAUGACCCUUGUCGAAGCAACCGUUUAUGAUUGAAGAUUUCAAUCCUCCGCUGGCGGCAACAAUGUCAUUUGCAUAUCUUGCUCGGUCAUGAUUCCUCCUCGUUCCACAUAUGCUUGAAAGGCUUGUAUUCUUGGUUUCCAGGAUGGUUGCGCUGGUGCUUUGGGUGGAUUGUCGGGGUCGGCAUCCAUGGUAAUUCUGACUUGUUUCUUCUUUUUGGGUUGCUGUUGUUGUUGUGCCCGUAAGAGCGCAAUAUGCAGCUGCAUGGCCGUGAGCAAUUGUUCUUGUUCCACGACGACUCCUUCAUCUCGAUUGGUGUCUCGGGUCCGGUAUUGUCCCACGCGUCGAUAAUUCUUGUUGGGUAAAUGAUGUACCGUCAGUGCCCCAAAGUUGUCGAGCGGCAGUACCUGUUGGACCGCACAUCCGAAUUUGUUUCCGUACAAUUGUUGGGAACUCAUCCAAACGCGUUGUGUCCCAAAGAGAGGUUGGGAUGGAUUUUUCUUUUGUCCGGGUCGAUUGGACGCCACAUCAAAUUGACAUCGAUCUUUCCACGCUUUGAGGAGGGCGCGUGUGGCCAAGAACAUGCCCUGAUGAUGAUUUUUCAUGUGCACAUACUUGCCUGCCAAAGGAUGCUGUGGCACGGCAUCCAUGGCAUUGGGUACAAUGGGUGGUUUGAAACUGGAAUGUUCCCAAUAGACGCGCGUGACAUUUUCCGUGGCGGCGCGUGUGGAAUCGUCAAUGACCAUGUUGGCGGGGAAAUUGUACUCGUAUCGGACAAUGCCCACAUUGAAAUCGGCCGGUUGGUAUUGUUUGUGUCCCUCCUCCUGAUGAAGGAUAAGUUGCUGUAUCUUGUUUGUUUCUUGCAAGUAGGUUGCCACUGUCCUUGGUGUGACUCUCUGAUCGUCUUCUGUAUAAAUGAAUAGAUCAUACUCUUCCAAAUGCGUGUAAAAGAGUUUUCGGUGACAAUCCACGAGAUGCAAUCGAAUGCGUGGCAAUUUGAGCACAAUGUCCAUGGUAAACUGGGAACAGGGGAAUCGGGUCUGCAGCAGAUCCAACAAGGGCACCGGCCAGGCCACUGUGGUGUGGAUGACCACCUUGACAAUGGCGCCACUCACACACAAAUCGUGAUAGCCAUCCAGUACUUCUUCCAAAUGCGGCAAUUGAGAAAAAUCAUACGCUGCAAUGGCCACCAGAAUCUUGACAUUCAACAGACUACUACUACUACUAGUUCUACUACUACUAUCGUCACCCAGUAAGGCACGGUGGUGACUUGGACGCUCUUGAAGAGUGUGGACUUUUACGUGUAGUUCAUGCUGUUGCUGACGGCACAGAGCAACAAACGCCAACAGAUUGGCAACCAACAAAACUGAUAUAAGCACAUUUCCUAAUGAAGAGGAGGUCCUGCAUGUACUAGUACUGGAUGUGGGGGGCCGAGGCAACAACAUCUUUGGUUUGGUCUUGUGUGUGUGUGUUGUGGUUGGAGACAGAGAGAAAAUACAGUGUACAAGGUCGUCUCUAAAAUUGACCAAUCCACUGGCUUACGUCAAUGAAUAAAAGGGGCACCCUUUUCAAAGCCCCCAAAUCUUUCCUGGUAAAGCGGAAGUGGUAGCGGACCAUUAUUGUUAAAUCCUUGAGUGGUGUGGAGAUGCACGCUUCUUUGGUGCCACCUCAAUUGGUGUGAUGUUGACA